UUUUUUUCUCUCUCGUUGGGACGAAUGAAAACAUACUCACACACACUGUAUAAUAAUAAUAAUCAUAAUUAUCAUCAUCAUCAUGGAGUUCAAAACAAUAACUGACGAAAAUAAAAGUAAUUGUGAAAAUUCUGGUGAGGUUAACAACAUGGCAACAACAACAACAAAAAACAAUGAUGAUAUUAAUGACCAGUCUGUUGAUAAAAAAGAUAAUAAAGAUAAUGACAAUAAUAAAUUGGAAAAUUCAAAAACAACAACAUCAUCAUCAUCAUCAUCAUCAUCACCAAUAUUAGAAACAACAUCAAAUGAAGAAUUAAAAAAAAAAUGUGUAAAUUUAAAAAUAGUAUAUUCAAAAACAAAAUUAGAUAUUAAUUUUCCAAUAGACAGUACUGUUGGUGAAUUGAAAGAUCAUUUGGAAAAUAUAAUAUCAGUACCAAAAUCAAUGCAAAAAGUUAUGAUAAAAGGUCUUGCAAGAGAUGAACAAAUAUUAAAAAAUAUUGGUGUUGUUAAUAAUUCAAAAAUCAUGAUUGUUGGAUCAAAGCUAGAUGAUAUAUUAGCAAUAUCAGUACCAUCACAACAAGAUUUACAAGAUGAUGCUGCUUCUACAACUAAAGAAGAAUUAUCAAAACAACAAAUACACAAAAAAAUAUUAGACAAAGGUGUACCAGAUGAUGCUAUGCCUGGUAUUUUAUCAGCAAAUGAUCCAUUGCCAGAGUAUCCAUUAUCUGGAAUGUUAAAUAAACGAGGUGGUAAAGUUAGACUUACAUUUAAACUUGAACAGGAUCAACUUUGGAUUGGUACAAAAGAACGAACAGAAAAAGUUUCAAUGACUUCUAUCAAGGGUGUCAUCAGUGAGCCAAUUGCUGAAAAACCACAAUAUCAUAUGAUGGCAAUUCAAUUGGGUCCAACUGAGGCAUCACAAUACUGGAUUUACUGGGUACCAGCACAAUAUGUUAGUGCAAUUAAAGAUGCCAUUCUUGGCAAGUGGGGAUAUUUUUGAUUUAAUAUUUAUUCUUUUUCUAAAUUAAUAAUAAAAAUCAAACUGAUACACAAAUUAUUAUUAUGUUUUUUUUUUUUUUUUUUAAUUUUAUGUGUAUCGAAAAAUUAUCGUCACAAAUUUUUUUUUUUUUUUCUAUUUUCUUGUUUUGUUAUUCAUAAUAAUUUAACUUAUUUUUCCUCAUUUAAUUAUCCAGGUAGUUUUUUUUUUUGUUUUUUCUUUAGUUAAAUUGAUUAUGUUAAUUAUUAUUAUUAUUAUUAUUAAAAUGAAUAAAAAAAAAAAUAAUAAAUCUUGUGAUAUUGAGAUUUUUCGCGGGGGAGUAGACACAAUUAAUAAUAAAUUAUUUUAUUAGUGUCAAAGACGAUAAUUGAGUCAAUGCCUUGUGAUAAAAAAAAAGAAAAAAAAAGGAAAAAUAAUUUAACAAAAAAAUAAAAGUGCAGUAUUUAAAAUAGUUAUUGCACUGCGUAUGUGUAUGUGUGUGUGCGUGUGUUUAAACAACGAAAUGUUAAAUAAAAAAGAUGAAAAAAAAACAA